AUGAAAGCGAGUUACUUGUUCUCGAUCGUUGCAUCGACGCUGUUGGCACCCGUUGCCUUGGCCCAGGUCCCGCUGUACGGACAGUGUGGCGGCAACGGAUGGACUGGCGCAACGACCUGCGUUAGCGGUGCAACUUGCGUCAAGUUAAACGACUGGUACUCCCAAUGCCAGGCUGGCGCAGCACCACCUGUAACCAACCCCCCAACCACACCAACGACGUCCAACCCACCCGUCGUAGUCCCCACCACUCCCACCAACCCUCCUCCGCCAGUGCAGACCGGCCCUAUCAUCACCCUCCCUCUCGGCGAUAGUAUCACCUUUGGCAUGGGCACGAACGAUGGCAACGCCUACCGCAAGUACUUGAAGGAUCGCUUGCUGCAGGACGGGAUCACGAUUGACUACAUCGGCACCGUCAAGGCUGGCAACAUGGAGGAUAACGAUUGCCAAGGCCACAGCGGCGCUACUAUCGACCAGAUUUCUGGUUACGCAAACACCGCAUUGGCGCAGAGACCUCAGGUCGUCCUCCUCAAAGCCGGAACGAACGACAUGGCCCAGAACCGGGACCUCGCCAACGCCCCGAACAGGCUCAUGGCACUCGUCGACAAGAUCCUCACCGCCUCGCCCAACGCAACCGUCCUCGUCGCCUCCCUCGUCCCCCUCUCCUUCGGCCAAGCCAACGUCAACACUUACAACACUCGCAUCCAGCAAUUGGUUGAGCAGAAGGCGGCACAGGGACAACAUGUUGUGUUCGUCUCGAUGGCGGCAGUGACUAACAGCGAUUUGGCCGAUGGUGUCCAUCCUAAUGCUAAUGGAUACCAGAAGAUGGCGACUGCUUGGUACAACGGAUGGAUUAGCGCCAAGCAGAAGGGAUGGAUUCCUUAA